CUUCUCUCUUGUGGGCUUCUAGAGAAAUUAAAGUUUAGUGUCUUAGAACUACAAGAAUACUUGGAUACAUAUAAUAACAGAAAAGAAGCAACACUUUCUUGGCUGGCAAACUGCAAGGCAACUUUUUCAGGGGGUUCAAGAGAUGGGGUUAUCACUUGUCAGCCAGGAGAUUCAGAAGAAAAGCAAAUGGAAUCUCUUGCACAAUUGGAACUGUGUCAGAGAUUAUAUAAGCUGCACUUCCAGUUAUUGUUACUUUUUCAGUCAUACUGUAAACUCAUCGGACAAGUGCAUGAAGUUAGUACAAUGCCAGAGCUGAUAAAUAUGUCACGAGAACUGAGCGAGUUAAAGAAAAACCUUAAGGAAGCUAGUGCUGCCAUUGCACUCGAUCCAUCGAUUAUAGAAAGUGGUACCUCUGAACCCAUGUUCACUUCUACAGAAAUAGCUAUUCAAUUUAUGCUAGAGUGUCUGAAAAACAAUGAACUUGGAAAAGCUCUACACCAAAUAAGAGAAUGCAGGAAUUUAUGGCCGAAUGACAUUUUUGGAAGCAGUUCCGAUGAUGAAGUCCAGACUCUACUGAAUAUUUACUUCCGGCACCAAACAUUAGGGCAAUCUGGUACUUAUGCAUUGGUAGGCUCUAACCAAAGCCUGACCGAAAUCUGUACGAAACUGAUGGAGUUGAACAUAGAAAUCAGGGACAUGAUCCGGCGAGCUCAAAGCUACCGAGUGAUCAAUUCUUUUCUUCCAGAUCCCAGUGUUUCUGGCACGAGCCUCUGACAAAAGUCUGGUGCCCCCUACCUCUUUCAGGCUGGGAUUGCUUCCAUGCUGGGAUGAGAUGGUUCAGUGCAUUUUCAGCUUUAGAAAGAGUUGGCCAAGUCAUACUCAAUCUUGUUACUUUUACAAUAUUUUCCAAGAAAAGUUGGGCAGUGUUUUCAGAGUGCAGUCAUAAUAUAAGGACAAAGGUAGCAUCAAAUCCUUUGUUCUGAACUACACACCCAAAUGACUUUCACAGGGCAACUGCAAUUCACUACUGAAGAAGUGACUUCCUUACAUACCAAAGACUACUACACUGAGCAAGACUUCCUUUCUAGAAAAUAGUUUUAGAUAUCAAAAGUGCAAUCUCUCCUUCACUUGAGGAUUUUUUUUUUAGUUUUGUACAUUUAUUCCUUUGACCAAGUUAUUAAAAACAGGCAGAAUGAAGCUAGUGACAGGAUACUGAGACUGUCACUGCGAAAGCUGAGAGCCUCUGCAUAUGAAAGUUGUUGUAAAGGACUACAAAUGUGCACUGUAUGUAAAUAUGAUUACUGUAUCUUCUAACUAGAGAAAAAAUAAGCUGCUAUGAAGUACAUUUGUUGAUGUUGCUAGGCUACUGUCUUGGAAGGUACUCGAUCCUAUUUCAAGAGGUCUGUUAUUAAGACCCAAGUACCUAUGAAUGGACGAAGUUUUUUUAAAAAAAAGAUUUUGGCUGCUUUUUACUAGAGAGUUGCUUUUAUGUAUAUUUAUAUUAAGAAUUCUGGUCUGACAUAAGUUGUCAUUUUGUAGAAAAAUAUCACGUCUGAUUUAAGUUCUUUUGAACUGGUACAUGCAUCUUUUAAUUUUAAUGUAUAUUUGGAUUUUAACAUUGAAAUUAUUAAAUACAGAUCAGAUUUACUUUCUAUUUUCAAGUGGGGGGUUGCUUAUUAGUAAUAUAUGUUCCUGUUUUCUGGCAAAAAAAUUUUUGCACUUACUGCUGUAAAGAGUUAAAAUAAGUGCAUGUAAGUUAUUGCACAUUUGAGACACUUUUAUUCCAACAUUGUGUGUGUCGCUUACUCACCCUGUAAAUACAUUUAAAGGUUUUUGUGAAUUUUGUUUUAAUAUUUUGAUCAUUACAGAUCUCAAGUAUAAAAGACUAUAUAUGUGUAUGUGUACAUACAUGCAAACAUACAUAUAUGUAUAUACAUACACAUUAGCGUGUAAAUGUAUUAAAUUGUAAUGAGUUUAUGUUAUAAUAUAUAUGGAAACAAUUCUAUAAGAAUAUUUUGAAAUCAGGUUAUUUUUCAGUUGGGCUUGAAUCAACAUGUAAAUUAGUCCAACUUUUAUGUGCUCACUAUGCAUCCAAACAUUAACCUGCACAAAUUGAUAUAAAUUGAACAAAGUCUCUUAAAUUUAAUGUAUUCUUGCUGAACCAGUUCUCUCUAGGUAAACUUUGUCAAUCUGGCGUCUUCCAGAGAUGUUGGGACCACUAAUACCAGAAUUUCUAACUAGAGAAUAUACUGGAAUUCUGGGACUUACAAUCCAAACAAGUGGGAAAGGAACCAGGCUGAAAAGGCUUCUGGGAAUAUGUGAAAAUUGAUAGGCUUCUCUGUUCUCCCUUCCUCAAAAUAGUAAUUUGAGCAUAUAUAUGAGAAGCAAGGCGUUAAUUUGAAUUGUAAUGGAAAAAUCAAGCUGUACGAAAUAUAUUAUGUUAUGCAAAAUUUAAGUGUACUUAUUCUGUAACACCAGAAUUGAGCAGAUGGGCUCUAAAGGUGUGAACCGCUUCCUGUUGGAUUGUGCUACCUUUAUUAUAGAAGCCAAUUUAAAAUUUUGUUUCCUAAAAAUGAUUCAAACGGGGAUUAAAAUAAUGUAUCUCACAUUCAGACUAUAAAAUCAACAUUUGCUAGGUAUAUAUCUUGGUUUCCUUUUCCAUAUUGAGUUGGAAGAGACGAGCUUUAUGCUUAGUGAUUAAGGCCUACUACCAUAAUCAUAUGAAUUUGGGGAAUAUUAAUGGAAUAUAAAAUUAUUGCUUAUAAUCUUGUGUGGCAAGUCCGUGUCAGCUAACCCUCAUGAAAGCUAACAUGAAGUGCCUCUUUCACGGUGUGACUUGAGUGCUGCCCUACUCACUUAGUUACUAUUCUCUUUAGAGGAAUGCUUUGUAAGAGAUUAACAGAUGUUUCUGAGUGUUAGUAAACCUAAUAUAAUUGAA